AUGGUCCAAAGGAGGGAUGGGCCCGGGACGGGAAGGGGCCGGCGAAGUGGCAGCGCCAGAAAGCAAGUGAGGGCGGGAAAGGGGCACGCGCGGGGGAGGGGGAGAGAAAACACCAGAUGUAAGAUUUGCAAAGUCACCGAAGAUCAGGACAAGGACCAAGGGACGACCGAGAAAGCGACGAAACGUGCUCUACACUUUGCUCUUUUCUCACUUUCUUGGCCACAGACUCCGGGUGUCAGCACACCACACCGGCCGAGUUCUACAAGUUUUGAAAGUCCCAUUCUCAUUCUGUUAUCCCCCAUCCCCCGCCCUGAACCUUGUCUCCAUUUCUUCUUCUGUGACCGUAUCGUCAGAUCGAAAUUUAGAGUUUUGGUUAUCUUGGUUGGUUCAUCCCGCAACCAGAACCCUUACACCACGCCGCUGGGGACCAACUCGAAACGCAAAUUCCAGACACCGCGAGACCCGUGGAAAAGGCAGGAUAAGGGGUUUGUUAGGGUUCGGUUUGGAAGUGCCGUGUGGCGGUGGCGAGGGAGGGAAAGCCAAAACCAAAACUCGACACUUGCGAGGAAAGUUGUGAUGGAAGUGAGGAAGGUUUUUCCUAGCAAAAGAGCUCAGCCAUUGAAGAAGAAACACACACACGUACACACACCGUAA